AUGGCUUUACUGUAUUGUCGACACAGUAAUGUCGGCACCGCCGAAUACAAAUUUCGCGUGGAUUGUGCAAGUCGAAUACAGGACCUGACCUCCAUUGAAAAGCACGCAUUAUUGCCUCCUUUACCUUUGAUAACCUAUGCAGUAUCUAUGUCUCUGGCUGUCGCUUACCAAGCUCGUGGCGAUAACCCCAGCAAUGCCCAAAAAGCCGACGAAGAUCUGCAAGCACGUUUUAACAUUCUGAAGUCUUUGAGUAAGAACGAUUGGAAGGCGCGUCAGAUGGCUCGUUUGGCGAAGAGAGUGAUUCCAUCACUCAAAGACACAGAUCACAUUAGUCGAGGCUCCAUUGACUUCAGCUACCUACCGAUCUCAAAUAUCUCACAGCACUCAUCACCAGACAUCAUGAGAACUGCUUUUAAUGAUACCAAUCUUCCGUCUCCAAGCAACAGAGUUCAACAACACUCUGUGUAUCAGAUUGAUAGCAUGUCUGCAGAAUUUCAGACCGCAUCCCUGGCAGAGAGUUUUCUUGAUGACAUCCAUUUCAAAAUAUCUUAUGACGACACGCAAUUCCAAUUUCCUGAAUUUGAUCAGUAUAUGGCUGAGGUCUUUACCAUGAGUGAUCAUAUUGUUCCUGUCCAAAAUGAAUCACAUCAUAGAGGUAUUCUCGGGGAAAAUGUUGCCAAAUAA